AGUUUUCAAAACACAUCUGGUGUUAACGUUGUCAUGAAGCACGCAGUUCAAUAUUAGCAUUUGACUACUUAGGUUGAUACGAAAGCUGUUGUUCUUAUUACAUCCAAAGAUUCUCUUACAAACGAGACUAAAAACUGAUGAAAACAAUGAAUUCUACAAACAACCAAAUACCACUAUCUUUCGUGAUAUUUCUAAUAACAGUUGAUUCAUUGUUUAUAAUAAUUGGAGUUACAGGAAACGUUUUGGUGAUAUUGUACAAUGUUCGUUGGAAUAAAGAUAAAAACACGACCAGUUAUUUUGUUAUUAAUUUGGCUUUGUCGGAUCUUGUCGUUUGUGGGAUAACUUUCCCGAUGGCUAUCGCAAAAAAUACACUUGUUUUGAUGGGAAAAACAGACAUACUUUGCGAAUUAUUCAUUUCCAUUUUGUACGCAAGUUUAUCGCUUUCUGUAGUGAAUCUCAUGAUGCUCACAAUUGAUCGUUACAUUUGUAUUGCAUUACCCCUAAAGUAUCCUCAAAUUGUCACGCAAAGAAAGGUGUCUAUAGCUUUGGUUUCAGUAUGGAUCACUGGCUUUCUUAAUUUUCUUAUGAUAUUUUUCACAUCGAAACCUAGCGAUAUGCCAUUCAUAUGUGAGAUGAACAAAAUAACUGCUUCAGUUGGUACUUUUUUCUUUUUCUUUGUUCCACUUGGUGUUACGAUCGUUUUCAAUGCGAAAAUUGUACAAAUUGCUCGAAGUCAAGGUCGAAAAAUAGCAGCACAAGCUUCAUUAUCACAAACAAAUAAUUCAACGGCUGCAGAUGAUUUGAACUCAAGAAGAAACUUUUCACGACAAAUGAAGCUCUUCAAAACAAUCCGUGUCGUUUUUGGUUGUUUUUUAUUCUGUGUAACACCGUUUCCUAUGAUAGUGUUUAUCGAGUUUGUCAUUUGCGAUCAUGGCUGUAUCCCUCUAAAAGUUCAAAUUGGAAUUUUGCUUCUGGCUGCAACAAACUCCAUUACAAAUGCUUUCAUUUAUGGAAUACGAGAUAAGAAAUACAGAAGAUCUUUCAAACAAAUGUUUGCGCGAUGUUGCAAUUUAUCUGGGUAAUCAAUAGAAAAAAGAAUAAAAAGAAACGGAAAGGAACAUUUUAGCAUAACACGAUAAAAAUCUAAUGAUAACUGUCUCUCUUAGGGACGCCAAGAUAAAAUGCGAGGCUUAAGACUUCUCUUGAGGAAAUAGAAAGUUCUGAUUUUAAAUAUCUUUCAGGCAGAUUUUCUAAACUGUUCUCAACUUUAAAGGUCUGUAACAGAGACCCAAAGUUUUUUCUUAAAGGAGCCUUGCAUGAUUUUACUUCUCUAAAAACGUGUGUCUAAUUAGAAUAGGGGUUUAGAGAAAGAUCUCAACUCCAUCACUCUCGGAGAUUCUGAACUUUAUAAAUGCUGAACAUGGCUAUCAUUAAACUCAACUACCCUAACUAUUAUUAAAGUUCUUGCACCUGGUGGAAAACAUAGCUCAAAAAACAAAUGAAUUCACUGAUGUACAUUCACUUUAAGAGAUCCGUGAAGAAAUCUAAGCUCAGUGCAGUACAAAAUAUAACUUUAAAUGAGUCGUAUAAAAUAGUUAUAGAUUUGUAGAAAAAUAUGCAUUUCCAUCUUGACUUUUAUUCAUGCGUACUACGACACUAUGAUAUUAGUGAGUGACAUUAACGUCAUUAUAAAUAAAAUUUGAUAAUUUGACAACAAUCUUUACUGCUGCCAUCUUAAAAUUUUUCUAUAGUUACACUAUAAGUAAUACUAUGAUAUAUUUCUUGAUGUAAUAAAAAUAUAGAGGCAGUCUCGUAUGAUAAUAUAACCGCUUUAUGAUUAAAAAAUGCUUACCUUUUCAACCAA